AUGACUCGCGCCGCCCGGCGCCUCCCGACGUCGUCUUCCCCACGCCCGUCGCCGGAGCGCCUUCGCCGGACCUCCCCGCCGGACUGCCUCCCCUCCGGCGCAUGUCUCCGACCUCCACCUCGUGCCCCGCUGCCCUUUCCCUACCGGCCCCGUGAGCACGCGCCCCUCCCUCCUCUCUCUGCCGUGACGCGCGCCCGCUCCGCCAUGGCCGCGCCCUCUCCCCCGGCCUCAAAUCCUCUUCUCUUCCCCGUUCGGUCACCGCGGCCACUACUGCCGCCCGCGCUCCCGACGCUGUGCUACCCGCGCCCGUCCCGCGGUUGCCAGCGCCCGACUCCGUUCACGCGCCCUAGCCGGUGCCAGGGACUAGUCGGGCUGCGCUCGCCCCGUCCCCAUGGUGGCCUCGCCCCACUGCGCCACUCGGAGAUCCCCGCACCUUGCCUGCUCGCCGUGGCCACGCUCCGGUGA